AUGUUGUCAAAUAUGACAACAACUUAUGAAUAUACGUAUGAAUACGAAGUAACUGAUCAAGGAAAACGUAGUAAAGCAGGCACAACAAAUUAUACAGCUGCACCAACAAAUCGUUCAGCAGCAAUGGAUCCAUUAGCAAAUUUACAACACGAUAAAAUAUGGCAUAAAUUGUACGAUCCAUUAGAUUUAGAUAAAGCAAAUCAUGAAGCAGAACUUCAAAAAAUGGCACGUCGUCAAGAUCGAAAAGUAAUUAAAAUUGAGGCAGCCUAUGGUUCUGAUCGUCAAACAUUAAUUGUUAAACGAAAUUAUGAUUUACGUGUUCGAGAUGUACAAGAAGAUGCAUCAAAAAUAUUUAAAAUGCCAAUAGAUCAAAUUAUUUUAUAUUGGAAAGGUCGAAAUAUCUGUGAUACACCAAAUGAAUUAUUAGAAACAUUGGGUAUAGAAAAUAAUCAUCCAAUGCGUGUUUGCCGUGAAGAUGAUCCGGUACAACGAAAUAGAAGACGAGAAUUACGUUCCUAUGUAGAUUAUACAAAUCAACAAGAGCCAUACAGUGGUGGACAAACGGUGCAACAACAAACAAAUUAUUAUCCAACUCAAUAUCCAACUUAUCAAUCUUAUAAUGAUCAAUAUAGUACAAGUCCACGUGGCAAUUAUUAUCAACAAUCUCAGCCACCAAAUCAAAAUUAUACCGGUCCACGAGUAUCAACUUUUGUUCUUAAUCUACAAAUUGGUUUAGGAGAUCGUGUAGAAGGUUUAGUAAUUGGUCGUCCGCAUCCAAUUACACUCUAUGACUUACAAAUGGAAUUACAACAACGAUUUAACAUACCCAUACUUGAUCAAAACGUUGGUUAUAAUGGAAUGUCACUAACACAAUUUCCUCCUGAUGCUCCAGUAGAAUCCAUUGGUAUUGUUAAUAAUUCAUUUAUCUCUCUAUGGUAUAAAAAUUCCAAUCAGAAUAGUGGACAACAGCCACAACAACAACAACAACAACAACAACAGCAAACUGAUUAUACAGCUCGACAACAAUAUGGAGGAGAUGGUUCGCAAUCUCCACGACAAGGACAAACAUCUCCAAGGGGAGAUAAUAAUAUAUCCAAUGGAACAAAUAGUAAUCAAGAAGUAUUGAAAGUAGAAGUAUUUCAUGGAUCUGAUCGUCAUGUACUAAUAUUACGCAGUACAAACAAUUUACGUAUUUAUGAUUUAAUGGAAGAAUUACAACGAAUUACUAGUGUACCUAUUAAAGAUCAAAAAUUAUAUUAUCGUGGACAAGAACUUCAACUCUAUCCCGAUCGUUCAUUGAAAGAAGCGGGUAUUGAUAAUAAUGCACAAGUUCGACUCAUUGGAGAUCCAACUAAAAUACGAUAUGAAGCAAUGAUAUCGGGUCAAAAAGCAAAUAAUCAAUAA